AUGGAGUGGUUGCACCAAGCGCUUCAGGCAGCAGAAUCUCCCCAAGGUCAUCUUGAGAUCUCAACAAGUGAUACAGCCUACAUCAUCUUCACAUCCGGAUCCACCGGAGAACCGAAAGGAGUGGCCAUCUCACACCAUUCUGCUUCAAACACAUGCAUCAGCAUCAAUGAGCUCGUUCGUCUGAACAAGACCGACCGCGUGCUGGCAUUGUCGAGCCUGAAUUUCGAUCUCUCUGUGUAUGACAUCUUUGGGACGCUUGCAGCAGGUGCCACCAUUGUUCUGGGUUGUCCCAGCAAGUUGAGGGACUACCGCUACCUUUGUGAACUUGUCUUGGAGGAGGAGGUCACCAUCUGGAACUCAGUCCCCUUGAGGUUUGAGUUCCUGCUGGAAGAGUGGAAUGACGAUUCUAGGCGUUUGCCCAUCCGUGUGGCCUUGAUCAGCGGUGAUGCCAUCCGCACAAGUUUCGCACAAAAGGUCAAGCUGCGAUUUCCGCAAAUGAAGUUCUUGGCUUUGGGAGGGGCCACUGAGGCGUCCAUAUGGAGCAACUGCCACGAGUUCACAGACGACUCCCCGAGUGAUCUUCCAUUGGUGCUUUAUGGAGGGCCUCUACCGAAUCAGUGCAUGUAUGUCCUGGACUUUCUCCUGCGUGUCCGCCCUCCCUACGUCUUGGGCGAGAUCUUCAUUGGCGGUCUAGGAGUUGCAAAAGAGUACUUCAAAGAUCCCGAGCGCACGAGCUCAGCUUUCAUCUUGCAUGAAAAGUUUGGCCGCUUAUACAGAACUGGUGAUGAAGGUCGGUAUCUUCCGAGUGGAGAGAUUCAGAUCAUCGGCCGCAUGGACCAGCAAGUGAAGGUGAAUGGAUACCGUGUGGAGCUCGAGGAGAUUGAGAAAACAGCCAGUCAGGUCUUGAGCGGCGGCCGAGCUGUCGUCGUGGCGAAGCGAGAUGCUGAAGGUGUGACACAUCUUCGCGGCUUCCUAUGCUUGGAGCCCGAUGCUAAAAGGGAUGAGAAGGAGGUGAGCUCAGCUGUGCGGACUCACUUGCAAGCCGUUUUGCCCUCGUAUAUGUGGCCGGAAAGUUGGACUCAUCUUCGCGAGGUACCACACAGUUUGAACGGGAAGGUGGACAAGAGCAAGCUUUGGGACCUCGGAGGAGAACCGACUUCGAAUGCCACUUCGAAGCAGCCUCCUUGUGCAUCGCGCGUUCAUUACCGGGAAGUCCUGCUGCAGCAUGCGAGGGGCCUGCUCCAAAAACCGGCGUUGGACAAGGAUGAGAACCUGGUCAGUGCAGGGAUGACGUCAAUUCGCAUGAGGGAGUUCAACGUCCGCAUUUGCAAGGAGCUGGGCAUCCGAGUGCCUACGCACGCUGUCAUGGACCAUCCAACCGUCGCGAAGUUUGCAGAGCACUUGCUGGACUUGGGCCGUCCUCCAGCAGAGCCAGAGGAUCGUCUGAGCCCUCCGAUGGGGAGGCCCUUGAAGAGCUCGCGGAUGUUCAUUUCGAGCUUCGCCCAGAGGUUUCCUGGCAGUUUCAGUGGUUUCUACCGAGGGACCGACUGCCAAACGACCGUACCUCUCAGCCGCUUCGACAUCGAGGAAUACUUCAGCCCGGAUGAAGCUGGGAAGGCCUACACUCGCCAUGGCGCCUUUCUUCCUUCCGUGGAAGCCUUUGAUCCUGGCAGCUUUAACCUGAGCGAUGCUGAGGCUGCAGGAAUGGAUCCACAACAAAGGCUCGGCCUGACAGUGGCAAGGGCAGCUCUGCUUUCAAUGCGCGAUUUGAAGGACUUGGCGGUCUUCGUGGGGCAGAUGAAUUACGACUGGAUGGUUGCAUCCCGGGCGCCAGCCCCCUAUGGAAGCACCGGCAUCGCACCCUCCAUCCUUGCGAAUCGCAUCAGCUACUGCUUUGAUUUGCGGGGUCCGAGCAUGUCAGUGGACACAGCCUGCUCAUCAAGCCUUGUGGCAGUGUAUUUGGCCGCCAGGCAUCCCGGGAGUUCCCUGGUGCUGGGCUCCACUGUUUUGUUGGCGCCGGACAUGUACCUCACAGCUUGCAAAGCUGGCAUGCUCUCUCCAAAGGGCCGCUGUGCCACGUUGGAUCAGAGCGCAAAUGGUUUCGCACGCGGAGAAGGUGUGGCUGCGGUCUUGUUGGCACCAGACUUUGGACAGGCUAUCGAAGAGAAGUCACAGCUGCUGGGCGCGGCUGUGAACCAGAGUGGUAAGAUCGGAGCAAUCACGCAUCCAAACUCCCAUGCCCAAGAAGCGGUGAUUCGCCGGGCCUUGGGCGCCAAUGCCUCCGAGAUUCUUGCCCAUGAGCUUCACGGCACAGGGACACCCCUUGGAGAUCCCUUGGAGUCAGAGGCCCUCGGGAGAGUCAUGGGCAAGAGCGAGGUGGUGCUGCAGGCGCUGAAGACGCAUUGGGGACAUCUUGAGGGCUCAGCAGGCCUGGCCGGCUUCCUCAAGCAGGUCCUCUUGGCCCAUCGCCGGGUUGCUGCCCCAAACUUACAUCUGCGGCAGCUCAAUCGGGAUGUGGAGCUGCCUGGUGUACGAUCGCAGGUCUGUGUCUGA